AUGUCUUGUCAGAACUCGAGCCCUUAUAUAUUCGUCGAUGGCAUAUUGGCCUUGACCAUGGGUCCGGACUCAGCGCAGGUGUACCACUCGACGCUGUGGCGACUCGGCGACCCGCAGGUUCUUUCGACACAGUGCAGAGUCUAUAAUGGUCUCUUCAUCAUUCCUUGUGCGGCUGGUGUUGCUAGUUCUGCGCCAAGAAUCACUUUGGCCGGGCACGACUAUCAUAUCGUUGACUACAUCCACACCGCGCUCGGAAGGACGUCGCGUGUUCUUUGCCAGGGUGUCUACCGCCCCAAAACCGUAUCGACUGCCUCGCAGCGAGAAGGUCUUCUGGCCCCGAUCUUUUUCACUGUCGGGGGACGCUUGGGCAUCACAUUGGAGGAUGCAGCCAGGAAGAAUACCAACAUUCUUGACAACGCCGUAUUUCACGCUCCGAUGAGGAAUAAGUCGACUGGCUACCUCUGCAUCCACUGGCCAGGAUACCAGCUCCACGAUGCCCAGGUUGAAUUGAAAGACUCGAAACGACAACCUAUCACGAUUGGUAAACUGGCGCAGCGCGUCGCUAACUUUAUAGAUACUUUCGUCGGAGACCGCGAAAAGGGGGCCGUUGAAGACAGGAACUCGAGAAGUGACGACCUGUGGCAGUGGCCGCAAGUCACACCGUACAUCCGUUCACGCAUCACCCUCUUAGGAGUGGCUCACGUUUCUACCGGCCAUUGGCAGGUGCUCGUUAGUAUCAGCGGGGCGUGA